AAAAAAAAACCCAGAUGCCAAAACAAACCCUUUUCGUGUCAACCCUUAACCUCAACAGCUCACGAGCAAAAACUGCGUCACUCUCCUCAGCCAUUUCCCCCUUCUGUCCAAAAAGGCAUCUCUCUCUCUCUCUCACACACACACACACUCUCACUCUCUCUCUAGAAUGAACUGAUAGCUACUACUCUUUUUCAGCUCACUACAACUACUACUACUACUACUGUAUACUUGUCGUUACUACAAACCAAACCAUCCUCAUCACUUCCACUUUUGUAUCUAUCACUUUCCAUUCAAGAACUGUUCAUUUUCCCUCACCCCACCAUUUGCUUUUCUUGCUGUUUCAAUAAGGCCAAGAAAUGGCUGAUACAGCCCCACCAGAACAUAACCUUCAGCCACCAUCCACGGCUGAGGAAGAUACCCCACCCCCACCUCCACCACUAGCAGUAGAACCAACAGCAACUGAACCACCUCUUGCUUCAGUUGAAGUUGAACCAGUGAAGCAAGAAUCAGUAACAGAAGCUGUGGAACAUCACCCUGCUGUUACUGUAGUUGAAAAAGAUACUCCUUUAACUGAGCCUUCACCGGAAGAACCAACUCUGGUUGCAGCUGAACAGGUAUCUGUUACUGUUCCUGAGAAAGAAGCAGAGGGUGUUAGUGUUACUGAAUCUGAGAAAUCUAAACCAGCUGAUGCGAAAAAGAUCCCUGAAUCUUUGGUUUCAUUCAAAGAAGAAAGUAAUAAAGUCUCAGAUCUAUCUGAUUCUGAGAGAAAAUCACUUGUAGAGUUCAAAUUUCUUGUUCAAGAAUCCAUUAAAAAUCAAACCUUUACUACUGGAACCGCAGUUAAAACCCAAGAAACUCAAACCCCAUCAACAGAAAUUACUGAUUUACCUCAGGAAGUAUCCAUUUGGGGAAUCCCACUAUUGAAAGAUGAUAGGGCAGAUGUGAUUCUGCUCAAAUUUCUUAGAGCUAGAGAUUUCAAGGUUAAGGAUUCAUUUGCAAUGUUAAAGAAGACAAUUUUAUGGAGAAAGGAGUUUAACAUUGAAGAGCUUGUAGAUGAAGAUCUUGGUGAUGAUCUUGAUAAGGUUGUGUUUAUGCAUGGUCAUGAUAAAGAGGGACAUCCUGUUUGCUAUAAUGUGUAUGGAGAGUUUCAGAAUAAGGAAUUGUAUAACAAAACCUUUGGAGAUGAGGAGAAGAGGAACAAGUUCUUGCGUUGGCGGAUUCAGUUCUUGGAGAGAAGUAUAAGGAAGUUGGAUUUCAAUCCAGGUGGAAUCAAUACUAUCUUUCAAGUUAGUGAUCUCAAGAACUCUCCUGGUCCAGGGAAGAGGGAGCUUCGGCUUGCUACUAGGCAGGCCUUGCAUUUGCUUCAGGAUAAUUAUCCUGAGUUCGUCGCUAAGCAGGUGUUCAUCAAUGUCCCUUGGUGGUAUUUAGCUUUCUACACAAUGAUCAGCCCAUUCAUGACCCAGAGAACAAAAAGCAAGUUUGUAUUUGCUGGUCCAUCAAAGACUGCAGAAACCCUUUACAAGUACGUAUCUCCUGAGCAAGUACCUGUUCAAUAUGGGGGCCUCAGCGUUGAUUACUGUGAAUGCAAUCCUGAGUUCACUGUCAAUGAUCCAGCCACUGAGAUCAUUGUAAAACCUGCAACAAAGCAGACCGUGGAGAUCAUUGUAAAUGAGAAAUGCAUUAUUGUCUGGGAGCUACGUGUAUUGGGUUGGGAUGUGACAUAUAGUGCUGAAUAUGUGCCGAAUACAGACAGUGGAUAUACUGUUAACAUACAGAAGCCUAGAAAGAUGACGUCAACUGAUGAACCUGUUGUUAGCAGCAGCUUCAAGAUCGUUGAGCUAGGUAAGAUACUUUUGACAAUUGACAAUCCUACGUCAAAGAAGAAGAAGCUUCUUUACAGGUACAAGGAUAAGCCCUAUUCCGACUGAGGAUCUCUAGUCGUGAGGAGUUACUUUCAACUGUCAGACCUCAAAAUCAUGGGAAUUGGGAUGACCGUGGAUAUGAAUUUUGACAUGCACACAUCUUUAUGUAUGAGGAGGUGGAAUUUGUGUUGGUUUGCUUUUGUUAGUUGAUGGAUAUUCUGGGUUGAUGUUUUUUCAGAUUUUGUUUGGGAUCUAUGAACUUGUUCUUUUGUAGCUGAUUGUCCUGUCCUUACUUUGACUUGAGGGCAAGUGUUAGGGAUCUCCCUGUAACUUUGGUGUAUGGUUUGAUACGACGAAGAAUUUGAGGGCAGUGGGUGUAUACCUUGAGGAACAUGUUUUUGAAACCAUCUGCUUUCAUUUGUCUGUCACUCUGUUGUAUAUUUUCUUUUACCAACCUAAAGGUCCAUUUUCAGAAGACUUGGCAUGUAGAUAUGGUGUGUUACAUGUACACUUGUACUUUGUCUGGUUACAUUUAUAAAAUUUACUUGUCUUCAUACGGA